AUGAAGCAGAAUCAGCAGUCAAGAGAUCUGGACUGUGGCUCUGCUGUUUCUGUAGAACUGAGAGUGGAGUCCUCACAGAGAUCUGUGUGGAGGUUGUACUCUAGCUGUGUUCAUUCUGGAUCUACUCUGAGGGAGUGUUCAACAUCAGGUUCCUCUUCCUUCAUCCUGGAUCUCACCUGCUCAGACUCUGUCAGGAUGGUGGAUGGGACUAGUCUGUGCUCAGGUAGACUGGAGGUGAAGUCCAACCAGAGGUGGUCCUCAGUGUGUGAAGAUGACUUUGACCAGCAGGAUGCAGAGGUGGUCUGUAGGGAGCUUGGCUGUGGGGCUCCUUCAGUCCUCCAGGGGGCGCUCUAUGGAGAAGUGGAGGCUCCAAUGUGGACCAAAGAGUUCCAGUGUGGAGGCCAUGAGUCUGCUCUCCUGGACUGUAGAAGCUCAGGCUCAGAUAGAAACACCUGCUCACCUGGCAAAGCUGUUGGACUCACCUGCUCAGAACCUGUCAGGUUGGUGGGAGGAGACAGUCGCUGUGCAGGAACACUGGAGGUGAAACAUCAAGGAGACUGGAGACCAGUAUAUGGCUCUGACUGGACCCUGAAGGAAGCAUCUGUUGCCUGUAGAGAUCUGGACUGUGGCUCUGCUGUUUCUGUAGGAGAGAGAAAGGAGUCCUCACAGAGAUCUGUGUGGAGGAUCUACUCUGACUGUGUUCAUUCUGGAUCUGCUCUGAGGGAGUGUUCAACAUCAGGUUCCUCUUCCUCCAUCCUGGAUCUCACCUGCUCAGACCUGCUCCUUCAACCAAACAUCUCUGUGUCCUGCUCCACUGACGGGGUCUCCGAGGCCCAGCAGCAGGGGGCUCAGGUGCUGAGGGGCUCCACCUUCACCAUCUGCUGCUCCAUCCAGCCACAGUACCCAGGAGGCUCCUUCCAGCUCACCUUCACCUCCUCCAACUCAGCACACAACUACACCCAGCCAGCUGUCAAUCACUCUGCCCACUUCCUGUUUCCUGCUGCAGAGCCCGCCCACCAAGGAAGCUACAGCUGUGUUUAUCACCUCUAUGUUUUCUCUCAUAACUUCUCCUCUGAGAGCCGUCUGCUCUCUCUCACUGUCCCAGAUCCAACACCUCUUAUCAUCAAAGCGGUCCUCCUGCCGCUGAUUCUGCUGUUGGAGAACGUUGCCCUCUACUUCUACUGUAAGGCCAGAAGGGGGAGGAAGCCGGGCAGACGGGAGAACAUUGAGCUGGAUGAGUUUAACCUGGGUGUUCCUGCAGCUGAAGAAGAAGGAGCUCAGGGAGCAGAGUAGCUCCUCCAAGGAGCUCAUCUCACAUCCAGAUGGAUUUCUAACACACAGCCACCAUCAGCUCACUUAUACCAUGUUCCCUUUAAACAAGAAGAAUAUCAUAUUACAUUAUUA